AUGCUGCCCCGCAUCAGCUGGUGCUGCCCCGCAUCAGCUGGUGCGCGCAUGACCUCAUCCCCACCUCAGCACAGCAGAACCGUCACGGUGUGCUUCAGGCGCACGCCUUGCAUUUGGCUCGCCCGAUCAGCCACGGCUCGGAUGACUGCGCUUCCAGGGCUGCUGCUGGUGGCUUUCCUUCUCAGCGCUGCCAUCGCAGUCAUCAGCAUCACUCCACUUGGCAGGGAUGCGCCGAUUGCAGCGGAUGUCAGUGCCGUCUCCCCCUACUGUCAGCACACCCUUGCUCCCAACGUGCCUCUUCAAUCCUUGUCUCGGGAUGCGAUACAUCUACUCGUGCCGUACUUCGCAAUCGCUAUUCUCGCCCUGCUGUGGGGGAUGGGCGUGACCCACACGCAAGUCAGAGCAUGGGUGCAUCAGCAGGGCUUGGCUGUGACGGCUGGGCUGAUGAAGCUGAAGAGUGCAAGCGAGUGCCUCCUGGAAGCAUGCCUCAUGCAGAGAGUGGCUGUCAUGUCAAGUAUGAGUGGAACACAUGAGUUGGGUGAGACAUUAGAGAUGAGAAUGAGGGAGCUUGGCGUGCAGCUGGAAGAGACAAGGAGGGAGAUACGAAUGAAGGUGGGGGAGGAGAGAGAGCUGGCAGAAGAAUUGGCAAGAGUGAAGCGGGAGUUGGCUGCAGUGAAUGGGGAAUUGGCUGAACACAAGGGUGCAGUGACGGAGCAGAAUGAUAAAACAAGAACGGAAUUGGCAAGGGAGAAGGAGGAGAGGAGGGGGGAUGUGCAGGAGUUAAAUGAGUUACGCGCUAUGGAGGAAUUAGCUGCCGUCAAUGAGUGGUGGCCGAUGAAACAAGAUCUGGAGUAUGAGGCGAAAAACAGUCAGAGUGAAGGAGAUCGAAAGAAUGUAUUGGAGGCAAUCAAGUUUGCAUCAUUCAAACUGGACCUGAGCGACUGCACCGGCCUGGGAGCAGUCAUCAGCAAGGGGAAAACGGCCAGAAGCAGGGCGGACGGGGAAGGGGAAGGGGAGUUGGAGGCCAUGCAGAGCAGGAGGAAGGGGAGAGGAGGCGAGGAAGCUUGGGAGAGGGCGAGCAAGAGAGUAGUGAGGGAGGCGAGCAUGGUUGGUGAAGCAGUGGCAGCAGCAGUGGUGGCGGCAGUGGCGGCUGCAGCAGUGGUGGGCGAGGUUGAGAUCAGGGCGAAUCCCUGUCUUACCUCCUCCCCUCUCUCCCCCUCGCACCCUGCUUCUGCCCUCACCAACAGCAACUGUCCCCAUGAGGAGCCCAACCUAUCGCUGCGAUAG